CUAACCUAAAAAUUUUUGUAUAUUUCCUUCAAUUUAGACAUUGAUAGUUUCUACUUUCUAUAAAUAAGUAAACAAGGAAUUGUAAUAAAAAUGAUAAAAUAAUAAAUGAAUGAAUGAAGGUAGAAAUAUAGAGAAAUUAUAAACUUUGUUAAAAUUAGAAAAUUUUAAUAAGUAAAAGAUAUCGAUCAUUCUAAACCUUUCUAAACCAACAAACAAAUCAGUCAAUUUAAAAUUAUCUUUUUUCUAUAAAUAAUUCGGACAAAAUUGACCUUUAUAAAUUAUUCGUAUUGUUAUUUAUUGUUUUUAAUUUAAUGCUUUGUUAUCCAGUGAAAAAAGAAACUUGCAGAAAGUUUCUUGUUAUUAGUGAAACGUCAAAAUUCUUACAAUGACAGUUCGUGUGUGGUCUGUUUGAUUAUAAAACUAAUUAUUCAAGAAAGUACAGAAUCAAUUUUCUAAGUUAAACGAUUGUUAAAUAGUUGCAAAGAAAUGAAUCAUAAUGAACAUACGGGAUCAAGUGAUCUAUAUUCUUCAAAAUAGUGCCAUAUAAUUAAUAAUUUUCGAAGAAACAGGAGAGGAAAGGAAAAAAUAUGAUUCGUUACGUUUGGUCAAUAAUUUGUUGGUAUUUUAGAUCGUUUGUAAAAUGGAUUUUACGUUUUACAACAAGAAUGUGUGAGUUGCAAAGAAUUUGCUAUGGUGAACCAUCUGGAGCACAACGAACGCUCGCUGUUGAGCGAUCACUUCGACAGUCGAAAAAUCCAAAUAUUAAAUCUCUUGUUGCCCAUUUAGAUGAAAUUGCCGAUCAACAAGCAAUUAGUAUUAAAACGGAACGUGAAAUUCUAGAAGAAGCGAUAAAAACCGUUCUUAAUGCUAAAGAUAUUAAUCCAUUUGCUCAUCCGAAAUUUGCUAAAUUGUUUGCCAAAUGUGUUGAAUCUAUUUGGGGAUAUAGACAAUUGGCUGUCAAGUGUGAAGAGCUUAGAAAAACACAGUACGAUCCAGAGAAUCCAGAUCAUGAAAUGCUUUUAUUAAACCUUUGGAAAUUAUUAAUGCCAUAUGAACCUCUCGAUGCUAGAGUAACAAAACAGUGGCAGGACAUUGGGUUCCAAGGCGACGAUCCAAAGACAGAUUUUCGUGGAAUGGGAAUUUUGGGUUUGGAGAAUCUGGUUUAUUUUGCAAGGGAAUAUCCAAGUGCAGCUAGUCAUGUUUUGUCACAUUCGACUCAUCCUCGUUAUGGUUACGCUUUCGCCAUUGUGGGAAUAAAUCUUACAAGUAUGGCUCUUAGACUGCUACGCGAUGGAUCAGCGAAAACACAUAUUUACAAUUCGUGUAAAACACUGCCGACUGUUUAUGCCUUUCAUCAAUUUUAUAGCUACCUUUUUUAUGAAUUUGACGGAUUCUGGAUAGAAUCGAAGCCCAGUAAUAUGAUGGAAUUUUCAUCGAUUCAAGUGAAAUUUGAAAACACCAUUAGAAUGGCCUUGGCAAAUCCAACUACGAUAUUUAGGAUAAAUGUAUCGGUUGACAAUAUUUAGUAUAAAAGAAAUCGUUAGUUUUUUUUAUUUAAUUUUUGAAUUAAUGAGAAAUUGAUCUUUUUUUUAUUAAGAUAUAUCAAAUUUUAAUAGUUUAAUAACUAAAUUUCAAAAUUUUAAAAUACUGAAAUGUUUAUUAUAAAAAGAUUUUAGUUAUUGAUCUCACUGAGAUGAAAGUCAUUUUAUUUAAAAAUAUGUAAUUUAUUUUAUUUAGUAAACACAGUUUUUUGUGUGAAGUUGAUUUUAAUAUAAAUUAAUUUCAAUCAAUUUUUUUUUAGUUUUUUUAUAGAUAAAGCGCAACAUUGAAUUUUUAUGUAUUUCGCACAUAAGCCAUUGUCUUGUGAUUUAUACAAUUUAUACCAUUGCACUAGCAGAAGUACAACUUACAUUUUAUUUUUUCAAUAAAACUGAUUUAUCAUCAGUUUGUCACAUUGCCAUAUAUAUCUCUUUGUAUCAUUCCUAGAGCACGAUUUUACGUACGAUUUUUAACCGAAAUUUUAGAUAAUUAUUAAUUGAAUUAAUAAUUUCGUUUUAUUUGUCUUAUUUUAUUUUGAUUGAAAUCUUUAGUACAACGACGACAAAAUUUAGAAAAUAUAAAAGCCUAAUGAAGCUAAUUAGAAAUAAUUU